GAUUACUUUAUCCGGCUAAUUGUCUCGUACAUGUAUACGUAAAGUAUACAUUUUAACAUUUUUGUUAUUUUUAUUGUAAUUAUAUUUUCGUAAACCGAGUCACGACUGGGGAUCACAAUAAUUAUAAGCCUAAUGAUGGACACUGCAUUGCGCGAUCCCCAAUACGCAACGCCCAAUAUGCCCCCACCACUCCCUGUCGACGGUAGUCCCGGCCACCGAGGAGCCGCUGAAACCGGUGACCCCCUAUCUCACCGCAAACGCCGACGCCUUGACGGGGACACGGAAUCUUACGUCGGUGCAGCGCCGUCCGCCUUCAUGCAGCGGGUACAGACUAUGGUGCCGGAUGUGGACAUCCUGUUGGCCAACGCUCAGGAAGAAUUGCUGGGAGUGGGCCGCUUGAUGAGCCCGGCCGGUGGCGACCUGUUGGCUUGUUCCGCUAAAUACACGUUCCAGCCGGUUACGGGUGUGCAGCGUCUGUGGACCAACGAUUACGGGAGAGGUACGCUGGAGUGGGUGCGCGUAGCCGGCAGCGAGAAGGAUAUGUUGCCGUUGCCCGAAUGGAUGGACAGCCGAGUCGAACUACAGGUUUUUAUAGGGGACACGAUGAACAUCACACGGCGCCCACACCCCAGCUCAUCGACCCGCUUCUUGAUCCCCUGGUUCGCCAACAUCCGUUUCGGGCGGAUACCAGCAGACUGUGAGAUGGUGUCCAUCAUGCUCACUUUCGUCAAUCCCGGGGAGGUCACGAUAAAGCUAGCACCAAGGAACAACACCGAUCUCGGACGGAUCAACGCGGCUGUGGUCAAUCUCGAAGGUCGUACGGAAACCGACACACCUGACGUUUUCCACAAAGCCUACUGUUUGGUGUGCUUUCGCACACCGCUGCGGCGUUUGCUAAGGGAGCAGUUGCGGCAUGUGCGGGGACCGGUACCGGCGGAAGCCAACGAAUAUGAUGCGGCGCACUAUGCGGGUGCAGAUAACGUCGUGCUGCGCAAGGGAUCACACUGGAAUAUGAAUGUGGAUCGCCGCACUCUCGUCAACAUUUCCAGCACUACCGCACGAAUCUUUGGAGAAUCACGGCAGGGAAAGGUCAGCGCAUACGAUCCAUGUCUAAGCAAGGAAUUGCUGCUGAAAUUCAUUCAUGCCGCAGCAGCCGACUCCCGGUGUGAAGUGUUUCCCUUGGAUCCCUCCCGACUGACUCCCACCGGCAUACUGGAACUGUUGAAACUAGCCAGCGCCUGGGAUUUUGUGCCGUUGAAAGUGUGGCUACAGCUGACUUUAAUGGAACGCUUGUGUGAGCCGGACCACGGUUUCAAUCUAAGCGCAGUAAUGGAGACGGCCAAAUGUUUGUGUCGGUGCUGUAAGGACACUACCGAAGAGCUCGGCAUCGGACAGAAAAUGGUUCUGCGGGGAUUGCUGCUGAUGCUGCGCGGUGUCCCGCAGUGGACCCAGUUGCCGGUCGCGAUGCUGGAGCAUCCACUAUUAAAGGGCAUUGUACAGCCCGACUUUUUACCCGCUGAUUCCUACAUCUUUGUGGAGACUAUGGAAGGACGCAAGCAUAAUAUUAAAGUCAACUUGGCCUACUGGGUUGGGAUUGUUAAAGCCAAACUGCACGAUGUGCAGGUGGUUCCCGUUGAGCAGCAGGAGUUAGCGCUCGAUGGAAAGGUGUUACACGACGCGCGGACGUUGGCGGAUUGCAAAGUGAAGGAAGGGAGUGUACUUCAGAUGAAGUUUAUUCCGCUGUAGCCAGGGGUCGGGAAAUAUUUCCCGGUGAUCAAGCAUCACAAGCAGUUGCCGCGUUGGUAUACCACCUGUAUUAUCCGCUUUCUUUUUGGGAUACUUCGCAUGGGGCCUUUAGUUUUCCCCUCAUACAGUACGGGGAAUUUUUGUUUUCCCCCGCACAUGUGCCGCUUAGUGGCUUACACGAACGCAGGCUAAAGUUGGCUGCAGCUUACAAUUGUUAAAAGCGGUUUCUAGCCAACUCGGCAUAUCCGGUUGCGCAACUGAACAAGAGAGCUAUGACAACUCAGAUAACGGCAAAGUUGCAAACGUGUUGCCGCAACGCACGCAGUUUUAAACUGCAGUCAGAUUUA